AUGGCGAUACGCGACAACGACAACGACGAGCGCGCCGCGUACGCCCGUCAUGAUGGUGAAAUCGUACGGUGUGUGGUGACAUAUACUGCUCCAGUUCUCGUGAGCGGUAGACCAUGCACUGGUGAGCUCCCGUCCUACAGUAUAGAUAUCCUGAGGGCAUUUUGGGAAGAAAAAAUCAACAGAGGUAAUCAGCCCGGCCGCGUGUCGAACAGGCCCAUCCGUCCCUCGUGUCCAACUAGCCCACCCCGCCCUCCCCAUCCAAUUUCGUUCCCUCCCCUCAAAAAAAAUUCCGAUUUCGUCCCCACCGUUUGGCCCCGAUCUCCACCGCGCUCUAGGGUUCCGGCCGCCGCCGGCGAGGGCCUGCCAUUUGAGGCGCUCCUUCGUUCUCCACCGCGCUCAAUAGGCUCCCGGCCGCCGCCGGCGAGGGCCUGCCAUUUGAGGCGCUCGAGGAGGAUUCGCCGUCCCCCGACGCCGCUGCUCCCCUGGACCCCGUCGCGCUCCGGGACAGGCCUGCGCUCACCCCUUCCGGCCGCCGCCGGCGAGGGCCUGCCAUUUGAGGCGCUCGAGGAGGACUCGCCGUCCCCCGACGCCGCUGCUCCCCUGGACCCCGUCGCGCUCCGGGACAGGCCGGCGCUCACCCCCGACUUCUCUCGCCUCGUCUUCUCCAUGGAGCUCCCCUGCCGACGGCCCACGCCGGAGCUUUGGGCCGACCUCCCCUCCGGCAGCACGCGCCGGCCGAACCCAGUUGGCCGCGUCGGCAAUUUCAAUAUUGCGCUCUCACAGUCCGGCUCUGCUCGUGCCAAGCUCUAGGCUGAGACCUUGCUAGAUUACUUGCGUGAGCAACGAGAAGGGGGCGGCUCCAGAGCUGGACCAGGCGGCGCAGCUACGAGCAUGGCUCGGUAACACGCUGGUCAUGCGACAAAGCUACGAGCUUGGCUAGGCAAUGCAACACUGAUAUGGUGAAAUGCAGAAAGUAAUGAUUGGUUUGUACUAGCAGGUAAACAUAAAUUCAUCGUUGCAGUAUUUGUUCCCACUUUGUAAUGAUGUCUACAACAUUUUAUUCACAACAUCUGUUCCCACUUUGUAUCUGUUCCCACUGAUUACCUGAUUGACCAUACGAAUUACAGCAACACCAACACUAGCUUAUGACUUGAACAUGCCUUGUGUGGAGAAGGGUGGUGAUAUGGAAGCUUGCCCAAGGCAUGCUUUUUAAAAUACAUGAUAGAGCAUUACAGAAAGCCUAGAAAUGCAAUAGUUUAUAGACAAAUUUAGUUCAUCUCCCAAAGUAAGCUGCAAUC